AUGGAGCAGGAGGAGCCCCGGGCAGUGCAGAGCAGCCGUUCCUCGCUGUGAGCUCGGGCUCAGGGCGCUGUGAGCUGAUGUGACGGGAACUGAUCUCUCCUGGCAGCACAAGCUGCGAGUUCAGCAUGAUUUGUUGGUUCUCUUGUGCAGCCAAAGACACACUGAACCCAGACUGGAACAAGUACGAUGACAGGUUAAUGAAGGCAGCUGAAAGGGGCGAUGUGGAGAAGGUUUCAUCCAUCCUGGCCAAGAAAGGAGUCAGUCCUACAAAGCUGGAUGUGGAAGGGAGAUCCGCGUUCCAUGUUGUCGCAUCAAAGGGAAACCUGGAUUGCUUGAACACCAUCCUCGUGCAUGGAGUUGAUAUCACAGCCACUGAUGCUGCAGGCAGAAACGCCCUGCAUUUGGCUGCUAAGUAUGGCCAUGCUUUGUGUUUGCAGAAGCUCUUGCAGUACAACUGUCCAACGGAGAAUGUGGAUCUCCAGGGAAGAACUGCUCUUCAUGAUGCAGCCAUGUCCGACUGCUCUGCCAGCAUCCAGCUGCUCUGCGACCACGGCGCCGCCGUCAACUCCAAGGACGGGGACGGGAGGACACCACUGGUGCUGGCCACUCAGAUGUGUCGCCCCACGGUCUGCCAGCUGCUCAUAGACAGGGGGGCCGAUGUCAAUGCCAGGGACAAACAGAGCAGGACUGCCCUAAUGUUAGGCUGUGAAUAUGGCUGCAAGGAUGCCGUGGAGGUGUUGCUCAGAAAUGGUGCUGAUGUUGGUUUGACUGAUGGCCUUGGGCAUGACUGUGCUUACUAUGCCAGGAUUGGGGACAAUAUUGACAUUUUGGCUUUAAUAAAAGCUGCCGUUGAGGACUCUGGCAGAGGAAGAGACAGCAUGAAGAGAGGGCAGGCUGAGCGAAAGGUCACCAGCAUGUCCCAGAAGCGGGGCCGGGGCUAUGGAGCACAGGAGGAGCUCAGUGUCAAACUGUUCCAAAAGGAACCACACGCCCAGGACUUGGAGUUGGAAAACCAAGAUUUGAAAGAUCGAAUGAGAGAAGUGCAGGAGGAGCAGAGGAUGCUGCUGGACAGAAUCAGUGGGCUACAGCUGCAGCUGAGUGAGGAGCAAAUGUUUGCAGAUGAUCUUGAGAAUGAGAAAGAUGAGUUGAAGAAAAUCCUGACUACCAAGGAAAAGCAGCAGGAAGAAAGUUUAAGGACUAUUGAAGCUCUCAAAGCUAAACUCAAGUAUUAUGAAGGUGACUCUGUGGGGUCUGGCGGUAACUUUGGAAAUAGAAAAGAAGAUUUAUUACUUAAACAAGGCCAAGCAUUUGCAGUGGAAUCCCAGUCCCGGUCUAUGCUGAGGCCCCUGGAGCUCUCCCUGCCUACCCCAUCACCCAGUUCAGAGAAGGAAACUUCAAAGAAAGAACUUGACAACCUGAGGAGCUGCUUUGGUGCAGCCAAGGAAGAGAUCAGCAAACUGCAGAGGGAACUGUCUCUGAAGGCCUCGGAAUGUAAAGCUCUGGCAUCAGAGUGCGAGAGAACCAAGGCAGAGUCUGAUGGACAGAUAAAACAGCUGGAGGAUGCUUUAAAGGAUGUUCAGAAGAGAAUGUUUGACUCUGAAGGCAAAGUGAAGCAAAUGCAGAGCCACUUCCUUGCUCUGAAGGAUCACUUGACCAACGAAGUGGCCUCGGGAAGCACCAAGGUGACAGAGGAGCUCAAGGAGCAGCUCCGAGAGAUGAAAACCAAGUACGAGGGAGCCUCUGCGGAGGUGGGGAAACUGAGGAACCAGAUUAAGCAGAAUGAAUUGCUGGUGGCAGAGUUCCAAAGGGACGAGGGAAGGCUGGUGGAGGAAAAUAAAAGGUUGCAGAAGGAACUUGUGAAGUUGGAGAUGGAGCGAGAUAAAAGGGGCAGGAAUGUCACAGAGUUGGAAGGGCAGCUCAAAGAGACAGCAGCCAAAUUGGCCCAGUCUGUGAGCACAGAGAAGUUUGAGAACAUGAAGAGUUUGCUGUCAAACGAGGUGAAUGAGAAAGCAAGGAAAUUAGCAGAGGUGGAAGGGGAGCGAGAGAAGCUGCAAGCAGAGGUUGUGCUUUUACAGAGGGAAUCUGAGAGUCAGAGAGCUCAGCUGGCUCAGCAUGUGAAGCCAGAAGUGCACGAGCAAAUGAGGAGUGGGUUUGAGCAAAGGAAAGAGGAACUGGGGAAGGCAAUUUCUGAGCUAUCACAGAAGAAUGAGACCCUGCAGAAGGAACUUGAAAGAUUGCAGGCUGAUAACAAGGUGCUGAAGCAGCAAGUCCAAAUGCUAAAAACUGAAAUUAAAAGCCAGAAUGUGCCUUUAAAAAUUCAUGAAGAGUUGAAGAAAACAAACGAUCUGGCUGUGGGAGACCUGACAAAAAAGCUUUUUGAAAUAACAAAGAAGUACAAUGAAAGCAAAGCAGAAGCUGAAAAGUUGCUGGCAGAGAGGAACAACUUAAGUGAGAAUAUCAGCCACUUCCAAGCUGUGUACCUGUCUCCAGAGCAGCACAAGAAAGAGGUGGAAGCUUUAAAAUCUAAUGGGAUUGAGCUUGAAAAGCAGCUUGCUGAGCUUCAGAAGAAAUAUGAUGAGGAGCAAGCAAAAGUGGGCAAACUGGUGACGGAGAACACAGGCUUGAGGGAGACCCUGAGGGAUCAGUAUGUGCUGGCGACCACACACGAGGAGGUUAAAACUGUCCUGAACAGCACCCUGGAAAAGACCAAUGGGGAGCUGUCAGAUCUGAAGGGGAAAAUUGGAGAGAUAAAGCAAGAGUUCCUGAGGGUAAAUGAGGAAAACGGAGCUUUGAAAAGUAAGGUGAAACUCUUACAGAACCAAAUAAAAACUGAGUAUAUAAGUUUAAAAGAUCAUGAAACCACAGUAAAUACUUUAAAUAAAAGCGUGCAAGAGCUGCAGGAGAACAAUGCUGCCAUUAGGGCUGAGCAUAAGAGGGGGCAAGAUGAAAUCUUACAGUUGCAUGCAGAAAUUGAAGCCCAGAAGAAGGAACUGGACACAAUUCAAGAGUGCAUCAAGUCAAAAUAUGCCCCGGUUGCCUCCUUUGAGGACAGAGAGCAGAGCUUUGAAGCCACAGUGAAGGAAUUAAGGGCAAAGCUGCAGGAACAGGAGCAGAAGUGCAGAGAAAGUGAGGAGGAAGCCCAGAAGUGCAAAGAGGAGAACGAGAAGCUCAGGAGUGGGGUUCUGUCCAUCCAGAAUGACCUUCAGCAGAACUACAUCCUGGCAGAGAAAUCCCACGAUCUGGAGCGGCUGUGUGCCAGCAGGAUGGAGGAGCUCAACCAGCAGCUGAGGGCACUGCUGAGGAAACACAUGGGGCAGGAGGGGCAGGAAGAGCAGCAGGACAGGGCCAGCCAGCCCCUGGCUCAGCAGCUCCCGGCACGGCACAUGGAGGCCCUGAGGGAGGCUCUUGGUCACACAGUGGAGGAGCUGAAGGAAGCCCUCAGCAGGAAGGAGGAGGGUUACAACAAGGAAACGCUCCGAGUAGGGGAGCUGCAGCAGGAACUGGCUGAUCUGAAGAAGUCCUCAGUGCCUCUGGUGGAAUAUACCCAGCUGAAGGAAAUGCUGGAAGGAGAAAUCACAGCCAUCAAAACCAGCCUGAAAGAAAAGGAGGCAGAAACGCAAGUGAAGAAUGAGGAGGUGCUGAGGCUGCAGGCGGAGCUGCAGCUGAGCCAGCAGGCCUUGGCAGAGCGGCAGAGCAAGGAGCUGGUGUCCGUGGCAGAGUACAGCUCCAUGAAGAGUGCCCUGGAGGCCCAGGUCAGCAGCAUGGCUGGCCACUUGUCCAGCAUGAACCAGAAGUACGAGCAGGCCUGUGAGGAGGCUCUGCAGGCCAGGAGGAGCGAGCUGUCCCUCAAGGAUGAGAAGGAGCUGCUCCAGCUGCGGAGCUGCAGCAUUGAGCAGGAGAUCAAGGACCAGAAGGAAAGGUGUGACAAAUCACUGACAACCAUUAUUGACCUGCAGAAGAGAAUCCAGGAGUCUGCAAAGCAGGUGGAAGCCAAGGACAACAAGAUAACAGAGCUGCUGAAUGACGUGGAGCGGUUGAAGCAGGCUCUCAAUGGCUUGUCCCAGCUGACAUACACCACUGGGAUCCCCUCCAAGAGGCACAACCAGCAGGUGGAACUGCUCCAGAGCCAAGUGAAAACACUCCAGCAGCAGCUGGCUGAUGCCAAACGGCAGCACCAGGAGGUGGUUUCGGUGUAUCGGACACAUCUGCUCAGUGCUGUCCAGGGUCACAUGGAUGAAGAUGUCCAGGCUGCUCUGCUCCAGAUCAUCCGGAUGAGGCAGGGCCUGGUUUGCUGAUGUGCUCCUGAGGGCUGCUGUGUCUGGGUGCUGUGGCUGUGGGAGUGAGAACCUUCAGGGGCUUUAUGUCGAUAUUAAAUGAGUGAUGGUGAUAAAGCUGCAAUUACAGCCUCCAAAUAUGAAGCAACUCACAAAGCUGAAGCAUUUUCUUCUCAUAAAACACUAAGCCAGGGCUACGGCUUUUCAGGCCUGACGCUUUUUUCAUGACAUAGAUAAAAGGUGUAGAACAUCUUUUAAAACUGUCAAAAUGAUGACAUAGAGGUUUAAAUUAUUUUAAUGUCUGAUUGACCACUUAUUAAAGCAGGACCUAUACCCAGAAGCUCCAGUUGAUCCUUGAACUUGAACUCUCAUGGGAUGGUUAAAAAUAAACUGUGCAGAGGAGUGUGGCUGAGUGUUGUAGCUGUGGAUGUCCCUUAAUGAUUAAGAGAAAGUGGCUAAUUUGUCACACUGGCUGAGCAGGAUGUGCUGUGACACGCAGAGGAAGGUGUUCAGGUGUCUCUUGUAACUUGGCUGGCCAAGUUACAGCCUUUAUUUAAUAUAUAAGCUUAAGACUUAGUGCCUUUGCUUUUACAAGACUUAAAAAACCAGGUUUUCCAUCCAAACACUAACACUCCCUUCCCCCAAAUUGUUCCUGAAUGCUUUAAGCCUGACUCCUGCAGGCUGGAAGAGUGGGACUGGAGUGGCCUGGUUUGAGGAGCAGCAGUUUGAUCCCAGUGCCAUGGUGCUGCUGCUGCCUAAUUUCAUUCCUCAUUAGGCCUUCAUUAGGGUGUGACUGAGCAGCUCAUUGAGCUGCACACGAGGCACUUCAGGUAUUGGAUUUUCAAAUGCCAGCUCAUGAAGUCUGAGCUGUAAACAAUGUACUUUAAUCUUCUUUGAGGGGGAAGAUGCCAAUAGUGAGGAUUAAUGAAAGGAGAAUUUUUAAUUGCUGGAAUCUCCCAUGAAACAAGGCUUCUUUUUUAACUGAAGGAUGAUUUCCAAAAGGAAGCUUUAUUAAAAAAACCCAUGAAAUUUGGUACUGUUCAAGGGAAGCCAUUGAAAAAUGAGCCUGAUAACGAAUGGGGCUGUUUAAAUUGAGCACCAGUGAGUGCUGACCUCAGUUUACUUGUUAAAAGCCUUUGCUGAUAACCACCAAGUGGGAAUGUGGCAUCCUGAUGCAGAAAAGCCAAACUUCCCCUCCAUAUUCCUGAAAAAUGAGGGCUGAAGUCAGAGUUCUCUGCUUUGUGUUGUUUGGGCUCCCCCAGCUGCCCCUCCAGGCCUUGGGCUCCUUUUUUUACAGUAGAGUUAUGUUUAUCUCCUUUUUUCUCCCUUUUUGGGCAGAGUCUUGUAGGACUGAAGAGGCCACGUGGAGGCUGCAGACAGUGAUGGAUGUGCAGGGCAGUUUUUAUAUAGAAACACCUUUAAUAUAUUUACUAAAUACAUGUCUGUAGUUAAACAGAUCUGCUGCUGCUUUCCUUUGGUUUCUUAGAGGACUAUUUCAGAAAACAUCUCAGAGUAAAGAGUUACUUUUUAGCCAAAUUCUUUUAUGAUUGCAUUACUUGAAACUUAUUGGAGAGGAUUUGUUUUGUUGUACUAACUGGCCUAUUUUGAUAUUGUGUUUCCUUAUCCAGGGAGUUCUAGGUAUGUUUUUCUAAAUCUCUCCCAUAUUAUAACAUCAAUAAAAUGGUUUCUUCUUUUUUUUGCA